GCGGUGGGAUACACGAAGAAGAAGCGACCCGGCGGCCACAAGCAGACUUUCGCUUCUCCGCCACCGGGGGGAUAAAAUGAGCCUUUAAACCGAGAGUUAAGACAUCAGACCGGAUGCCUCUAUGAUCCAGCUAACCUUACGGAGACAGACAUUGUUCCGUUUAAACAAGAGGUGAGUCAUGGCUGAACCGAACCCCUCCCGUCCCCAAAGGAAGAUGUCCACCGCUGGGGAGAGUGUGUACAAGGUGCUAGGUCUGGAGAAAGGAGCUACAGCUGAGGACAUCAAGAAAGCCUACAGGAAGCUAGCGUUGAAGUACCACCCGGAUAAGAACCCAGACAACCCGGAGGCAGCGGAGAAGUUCAAGGAGAUUAACAACGCCAACUCUAUUCUGAAUGAUGAGACCAAGAGGAAGAUCUACGACGAGUAUGGCUCCAUGGGCCUUUACGUGUCCGAGCAGUUCGGAGAGGAGAGCGUCAAAUAUUACUUCCUCAUGUCCAAAUGGUGGUUUAAGGGUCUGGUACUGUGCUGUACGUUGUUCACCUGCUGCUGCUGUUGCUGCUGCUGCUGUUUCUGCUGUGGGAAGUGUAAACCACCUGACGAUGAUGAAAACUACCAGUAUGUCGACCCUGAAGACCUGGAGGCCCAAAUCAAAGCAGAGCAGGAUGGAGGUUACACAGUAAUCAUAGGCCAGCCCACAUCUAAUUUGGGUCCAGAAAGCCCAGAAGGCCAGAGUCAGCCCAUCCCCCUGCCAAUGCCAAUGCCAAUGCCAAUGCCUCCAGCUGAGCCCCAGUCGCCGACCAGUCCAGCGGGGGAAGAAAACCCCGGAGAGACCUUACCAGAGUCGAAAUGACUCGAAAGUGACGGUGUGGAUGAGCCUCAACUAGCGGAAGCAGCCUUUCGAGCCCCUAUUACGAUCCAGCCACAUUCGACCGCUGCCAGCGACGUAGAGAUCAGCCAGCCCGAAGCCACCAGCCAGCCCAGGCCCGCACCUCCAAUCCUGACCUCUCAACCUACCUGAUCAACCCACUGGACAACUCCUGUAAGGUGGGCCUCUUGCCCCCCUCCCCCUCCAUGGAACUCAAGUGAUGGAGAAAUAUUCAAUUAAACUGCUGGGCUCUGAAAACUCUCACAGAAAAUUUUAGUCUCCUUUCUCCAUCCAACUUGCCUCAUAUGUUAGCCUAGCCUGGGCUAGAUGAGAUCUUGCAAGCAGUUCAGUCAUCCAGAGCUAGGCCUUGGCGACAUGCCUGGACUCCUCACUAAUCCGUUCCUGUCAUCCCAUUACAACCAGUAAGGAUGUGACACUGGGCAGCAAGAUGGCAAAAACAGUGCGAUAUGAGGACAAAAACAACAUGGAAAGGUGGUCCUCUUUAUUAAUCCACUAUCCAGAUCAGGACUGGAAUUAUCUUUUCUAUUUACUCCCUGUCCCAACCCUCCCAGUCUCCCUCCAUUCUGGACUCCGCUGGUCAGCAACAGGAGCACUUUUUUUACAUUUCCCCCCCUCCCGCUCCUUUAACUUGUUUUGAAAAGAAGCGUUUUGGGUGAAAUAACUCCAGUAUGGAUUUGGAUGCCACUUGUGACGUAUACACAUCAUCUGACGCCAGCACGUUGUGACUGUGGAGGACCUUUUUUUUGUGUUCUUCUUUCCCCUCUUCCUCCUCCUCCUUCAGUCUCGCUUUAACAAACAAUCUCAUUCAGUUAAAUGUUGCAUUACCUCCCUCUAACGUUCAUCCUUUGAAAUAAGCUCUUGAUGCCAAGUGUGGUGACACAAAAAAACCCCAAAAAACAUCUUUCGAAAGGAGGCGAGAGGACGCGGCCGCAUCGCAGAGCAAAGCUUUCAAUCGGGACACUACUACUUAUCACAUGAUCGCACGAACGUGAAAGGGGGGGGGGGGACGGAGGAGAGCGAACAGAAGAGAUGUGACACGAGUAGACGUGAGACAUUGUGAUGUUAAAUGUCUGAGCCAAAAACCUGGAGCUGAAGAGUUGGAGCAUGGAUCUGGAGUAGAGUCGAGGCUCUCCUCCCCCAACGUGCAUGCAUGUUUUUUCCGGAUGCAUGUCGUCUCCCCCCCCCCACACUGUACAGCACUGGAUUACAGUACACAACCCCAAUAACCACAAAACAUGACAGAACUGCCUAGCCUAACCGUACAGACAUGCAGACUACAAUAUAUACAAACACACUCUUGUACCAGCCCGUAUGUCAUCGUGUGCCACCCAUCUUGCUAAAAAAAUAAAAAAAAUACAACCCCCUCAGCAUAAUCUAAUGACUAAAAAUGGACAAAAGAAACACAGCUUUCGAUGUUGGAAAAUAAUCGUUAUUUAAUUACGUUUUGUCGGAGCUGCACAGUCGCAGUUUGACUCUUUGGAAGACCAAAGGCAACAGCUCCAUGUAGCCUACCGACCCGAUGACGACUCCGGGUUGAGGUGUCUGGAAAUGCCUUUUGCCCUCAAAGCCACAGUUCAGUUUGUCAAAGUUGUUUGUAUGAUAUGCAUUUGGGUCUAUGCACAUUGUGAAGCGGGUCUGUCGCCAUUUCAUGUGGUUAUCCUUGUUUUUGUGUUUGUUUUUUUUUAAGCCUCUGUUCAGGUUAUAAAUCUUUUUAUUGCACCUCCUACUUCCAAAAGAACAUAAACCAACCGACUUUAAAGUUACUUGAUAAUCUAUAAACUCAGGUCCAGAUUCACUAAGACUGCAUUGCGAGUGACUUUUGAAGUCACCAAAUGUUUUGUUGAGUAAUUAAUCUGUGGUCAAGCACUGAGCAAGCAAUCAGCCCUCUUUACUGCAAAUUUCAGGCACUUUUCUUUCACCUGGAGGAUUUAAUCCACGAAGUCCUGCAUCUGUUUUCACCAUAAAUGUACUUUUCACUGUUCUGUCCUCUCCCCUGCUCCCUGACUCGAUGGUGACUGUGAUGUGCCUUGAACAGUAAUUGUGACUCAACAGACAAGUCUUGACUCAACAUUUCGAUGCUGCGUGUACGUGCGCAAGAGUAUUCUGUAGCUGUCGUGUCUUCUAUAGCAUAUAAAUAUAAUCUGAUAUACACAUACAUGAUCAUUCUCUGCUCUCAUAAGCUGAUUUAUUCUUCUCCUCCCUACCUGUGCAAACCUUUAGUGAAUCUGGAUCAGUGUUGUUGUUUCAGCUGUACUCAACUACAUUUGACUGUUUUUGGAUUUUAGUCAAAUUAGAAAGGAGCAUUCGCCCAUCAGAGCAAUGUUGUCUGCACGCUCAUUGUUAAGGCUGCAGCUAAUAAUUCAUCUAUAAUGUCAGAAAUCAGUUAAAAAUGGCCGUCCCAGUUUCCCUGAGCCAGAAGUGACAUCUUCAACAUCUUGACAUCUUUGUUCAGGAUUUAAGUUGGUGCAGCAAGGUACUAAAUUUAGUGGUUUUUGAUUGGAAUAUUGAGAGCGGUAAUUGGCUGCGUUAAGUCUCUUCUCUACCGAGAGACGUUUUCCUCUCCGUUUUAAUUAUAUCUAAUUAGUUAGCUGCUCUCAUUAAUCAUUGCUGUGCUCCAUGUGAAGUCAGAAGUCAACCUCGUUGUGGCCCAGCCUGCCAACUGUCUAUGUCAUUGGAACGGGAUUAAGUAAUGUUUGAUCUAGUUGGUAAUUCCUGUAAUAGCAAAGCAAAGUGCAACUUUCCUCCUCAAGUUUUCAUGUUUAAUAACUUACCACACAGGUGCUUUGAUAGAUUUAACGCACUUUACUUUUAGAACAUGACUAUUAAUAAUUUUGGCGAGCAUUUGUGCCACUUAUCUCACAUACAUUGUCAUUAAUUGCUUAUUACUGUUUUGUAGUCAGCAUUUUUGUUUUGUUAACUUGUGUGUGUGUGUGUGUGUGUGUCUGUGUGUGUGUGUGUGUGUCCUCUGACCUGACGGGGUGGACACGUCUUCCUACAGUACAGUUUAAAACGGUUAAGCCAAGUCUGCGUAUACUAGGGUUCAUUAAACGCCACUAAAGGAAUACUUCGACACUUUGGGAAAUAUACUUAUUCACGUUCUUUAAGAGAGUUACUGUGCCACUGUUCCUGGCUAAGAAAUACUAAUAAAAAAACUUUGUGUAGUGAUUAAAACUAACAGGAUAUGACUAGUUCAUUAUUGAGCUUUAGAGGUGCAGGUAAGUGCAUUUCCCCUCCGUUUCUAGUCUUUGUGCUAAGCUAAGCUGACAUCCGCUGGCUGUAGCUCCAUAUUUUCCGUACAGACACGAGAGUGGCAUCGAUCUUCUCAUCCAAGACUCAAAAAUGUUGAACUAUUCCUUUUUAAAUCAGAUGCAUUUGAAUUGAGUUUUUUUUUUAAUGCCAAUGGGUUGAUGUGGAGAAUUAUCGUCUACUGCCGAGUGCUGUUGCUUCUAGGUGAAUGUUCUCUCUUUCUGGUGGCAGGGUGAAAUUUUAAAGGGUAUUCCUUUGUUUUUCUCCCACAAUAAAUAGAGGCCAUAGUGUGUCUGUGUGUCAGGCUGAGGCUUAAAAUGCACUGUUGAAAAAGCAAAAGACACAAGACAACAGUUAAACUCUCUCAGCUGCUGAAACUGCUCGAUAUCGUCUGGUGAACUGCAAUACACUAAUGUAGACAUACGCGUUAGGACCAGCAGCGAAGCUCUUUGUUUCAUUUUUGUGAAUUACAAACUGUUCAUAAACCAGCUCACACAAAUAUCUCCAUCUCUUUAUUUCGGCUCUGUCUUUGAUGGAUCACACGUCGGUUCGUAUUCCUCAGAGCGUCUGUCCGCAAACUCGAAGGUCAUCAUCAUUUCAUCUGAAGUUUUUAACCAUCGAAAGCCAAAACCUGCUCAUUUUAAAUGUCCCGAAACAUUUCAGGAAUAAUUAUUUGUUUGUCUUUCUUCAGAUCUUCUCAAAUCAAAUCACUUCGAUGUAAAAGCGAUGAGGCCAUGGAGCACUGAAAGAAGACAUAUUAUUUAUUAUUUUUGUAAUUGUUGUAAAUAACUCAUAAAACAGAAAAAUAACUGACAGAAUUCCUUAUUGUUAAUGGACAUGUUUUAUGAAUUAAUGUCUGUUUUAAACGGUGUACAUACAUUUAUAAUUUUUUUUUUUAUUUGUCACAUAGAAAUACCUUAAUUUGAAAUUAAUAAUACUAAAAGGGUUGUUGGUGGUUGGAGGUCAACUUGUUGGUCAACUUGGGUUUUAAAUGAUGAACGCAGACUUUAAAGCUCUAUGCUAACCUGUUACGUUCUUCCAAGGACAGAUGGGGGUGUGUCUGUGUGUGUCUGUGUGUGUGUGUGUGUGUGUGUGUGUGUGUGUGUGUGUGUGUGUGUGUGUGUGUGUGUGUGUGUGUGUGUGUGUGUGUGUGUGUGUGUGUUCUCAUUAUUCUCAGUUGACCAGUGAGACAAUCUCCCACAAAUGCUGUAUUUCUCUACAGAGUGGCGAGAAAAUCUUAAAACGUACAGAGUAGAACAACACGACGAGGGCGGUUUAUCAAUGUAGAUAUUGUUGUUUUGGGGUUUUUUUGGGGGGGGGGGCGGGGAAUGUGUCACUCACUGUUGUGGUUCCCUGUGGACGAUCUGUAAAUGAGUUAUUAUGAAAUUCAACCUAAUAAAAAAGGGGGAUUUUAUAACUUCCUGUCUGUUA